AUGAUUCAUGAUGAUGAUAAUGAUGAUGAUGAUGAUGAUGAUGAUGAUGAUGAUGAUGAUGAUGAUGAUGAUGAUGAUGAUGAUGAUGAUGAUGAUGAUGAUGAUGAUGAUGAUGAUGAUGAUGAUGAUGAUGAAGUUGAUAAUGAUCCCGACGAGGUUCAUGAUGAUGAUGAUGAUGAUGAUGAUGAUGAUGAUGAUGAUGAUGAUGAUGAUGAUGAUGAUGAUGAUGAUGAUCACGAUCAUGAUGUUGAUCAUGAUGAUGAUGAUGAUGAUGAUGAUGAUGAUGAUGACGAUGAUGAUGGAGAUCUUUAUGAUGAUUAA